GAGAGCCGCACGCAGUCCGUCGGUUUCAGCAAGACGGCCAUGAGGUGGAUUCUCAAAGGCUUCUAAAGCAUCUGAGUACAUCAGUUCACCGCUUUUCACCGACACUUACCGAACGACAAGUUUUAAACCUGUUUGAACAGCCUACGUUGUGUCUACCGCUUCCUUAUGUGGAGAAUGAAACGGGUUUCGUCGGCAUGGUCUCUUUGCUCACCACUGGGACACCUCUAAUCCCGUCUGCAACCAUGUUAACAAGCUCUACACACUAGCUCGACACACUAGCUCCUUAGCUUCACUGACUAGCCAUGUUAGCAAGCUCUACACACUAGCUCACUUGCUCAUUCACUGACUAAAGAGGAAGUGUGUAGGACUGGCUGCUUACGCACAAAAGAAUCAUGUAGUGUCCCUCUCUCUUUACCAAGGGGGGCGGGUACAAUUUUGUAUUUUUUAUAUUUUUUUUCCAACUUUUUGUAUAUUUGCGAGAAGAAGAGGAGAUGGGCCUGCAUGCCUCUCCCUACCCAAGUGCCUUGCUCUGCUUCCUGGACGGCCUGUCCUGGGGGUUCAUCUUCCCCUGCUAUUGGCUGCUGGACCGCCUGCUGGGAUCCUGUGUGCCCACCUCCCUGGAGAGGCGCCGCCGCUCACAGGACCCCUGCUCGUUCUCGUCCCUCAGCGUGGCGGUGGCGGUGCCCCUGUACCUGCUGCUGCUGCUGGCCUCGCUGCCUCUGGCCCUGCUGGGCUUCCUGGUGUGGGCGCCCCUGCAGGCGACCAGGCAGUCUUACCUCUACACCCACGAGCCAAUCAGCGACAAGCAGCGGGCAGCCGAGCAGGGGGCGGGGCUGGUACCGGGCGAGUGGCGUCCGCAGGGGCGGAGCUUCUGUUUCGGCAGUGCCAACGUGUGCCUGCUGCCGGAUGCCCUCGCCCGCUUCAACAACCUGACCAACACGCAGGCCCGCGGCACAGAGAUAGGCAGACGCAUCCGCAAUGGAGCCAGCCGUCCGCAGAUCAAGAUUUACAUCGACUCCCCAACCAACACCUCCAUCAGCGCCGCCUCUUUCAGCAGUCUGGCCGCUCAGAACAACGCAGGGGGCUUCAGACGCACCUCCUCCCUGGACCAGCGGGCGGAGCCGGAGCCUGCAGACACCCCUGCUGGUGACUGCCCCGCCCACCACUCGCCAGACUGCCCCGCCCACCCCUGUGCAGGUCUACCUUCUACCACCGCAUCAUCGAACUGCCCUGCACACCCAUCAGUAACUACCCCUGCCAUCACAGCGUCAGCCGACUGCCCCGCCCAUUCCUCAAGUGCGUCAUGCUCCGCUCCUGACUGCCAUCUGCCCUCAGAGGCCAAUCAGAAUACUCCAGAUUGUCCCCUGCACUCCUCCAAUCAGGACACCCAUGACUGCCCUAUGCACUCCUCCAAUCAGAUUGCUUCUGACUGUCCCAUGCAGUCCUCCAAUCAGAAUGCUCCUGACUGCCCCCUGCACUCCUCCAAUCAGAUUGCUUCUGACUGUCCCAUGCAGUCGUCCAAUCAGAAUGCUCCUGACUGCCCCCUGCACUCCUCCAAUCAGAUUGCUUCUGACUGUCCCAUGCAGUCGUCCAAUCAGAAUGCUCCUGACUGCCCUAUGCACUCCUCCAAUCAGAUUGCUCCUGACUGCCCCAUGCCCUCCUCCAAUCAGAAUGCUCCAGACUGCCCCCUCCACCCGUCUGGUGUGCAGAUCAGCAUCAGCGCCCCGGAGCCCAACGGGCGGCAGGACCCCGAGCGGAGGAACCCCCGCCCUGACGCCGACACAGGCAGCCUGGACAGCCGCACCGCUUCCCGCGAGUCCCUCACCCGUUUCCACGGUGAUGGGGUGCCGUCCAACAACACGCUCUCGCACCGCACCUCCAUGGUCAAGCGCCACGUGGGCCGCAAGCGUCGCCAUGGAGAUGACGGCUUCGAUCAUGAGGUCACGGCUUUCUUCCCAGCCAACCUUGACUUCCUGUGUCUACAGGAAGUGUUUGACGAGCGGGCCGCCGGCCGUCUGAGGCGGCAGCUGCACCGCUACUUUCCCUACCUGCUGAGCGACGUGGGUCGAUACGCAUGGAGGGGGUGCUGCUCGCGCUUCAAGUUCCUCAACAGCGGCCUGCUCCUAGCCAGCCGCUACCCAAUCCUGGACGCCCACUACGAGUGCUACCCCAACGGGCGAGGGGAGGACGCUCUGGCUUCCAAGGGCGCACUCUUUGCCAAGGUGCAGGUGGGGACCUCCAGCAGCGACCAGAGGGUGGUGGGCUACAUCGCCUGCACACACCUGCACGCCAUCGAAGGGGAUGCAGCGGUGCGCUGUGAGCAGUUGGACCUGAUCCUACAGUGGGGGAUGGAGUUCCGGAGGGCCACAUCCUGCCCAGUGGGAGAGAAGGGGCUGGAGGACCAGGUGGCUUUUGACGUCAUCCUGGGCGACCUCAAUUUUGACAACUGUUCUUCAGAGGACAAGAUGGAGCAGCAGCACGUGUUCUUCAGCCACUACAAGGACCCGUGCCGCCUAGGGCCAGGGGAAGACAAACCGUGGGCACUGGGUACUCUACUGGACACAGAUGGACUGUAUGAUGAGGAAGUCAGUUCUCCAGAGAGUCUCCAAAAGGUGAUGGAGAACGAGGAGGCGCGGAAAGAGUACUUAGUUUACCCCAAGAGCAAGAACCAGUGCCACAAUCAGAAAGGCCGGAAGAUUCCGCUCAAGGGCAACGGCAGGAGGAUCGACUACAUCCUCUAUCGCGAAGAUGGCUUACAGCAAGACUGGAAAGCGGACAUUGAAGAGUUCAGCUUCAUCACACAGCUGGCUGGCAUCACAGACCAUCUGUCUGUAGCCAUGAGGCUGGCCGUGACCACGGGCGAGGAGGAGCCGUAGGAGCACACACACACCUCCUCACACACCUCCUCCGCCACCACAGUGGAGACAGAGCACCAGGCCGCCAGCCUGCAUGGAGUGGACGGGAGAGAGAGAGAGAGAGAGAGAGAGGGAAAGAGAGAGAGGGAGAGAGAGAGAGAAAGAGAGGGAG